AGAAGGGCAUUAUCGUUAUUUCGGUCUUAGUAAUCGACCCGAGCGAAGAGAGGAGAAGGGUUUUGCACUGCCCCCGCAUUCCGAGACGUUGCUCGAUCGCGAGAGGCCACCAAGGGAAUCACCUGGCGGCGAAUCGUCGAUUCCAAGGAUUAUCUAUGGCAGGAAGAAAUCGUAUGCCCCGUCAUCCUAUGAAUGAGGGGCCUCGUGGUUUCCGCGAUGGCCCUCCAUUACGUGGACCAUUGCCUCUACAUCCUGUCGAGGAAGAACUAGUAAUAAGGCAUGAUGAAAUUCGUAGGCUUCAAGCUGACAAUCGGCUUCUGAUGGAAGAAAAUGUUGCUCUUAGGAGAGAGAUAGAUUUUGUUAAGAAUGAGCUCCUUCAAGCAAGUCAGGCGAUACCCAAGCUUCGUUCAGAUAAAGAACUUGAGUCUAGGGAAUUGAUCCAGAGGGGUCUUCCAUUGGAAGCUGAACUUCGUGCUCGUGAGCCACUUAGGGAAGAGGCUAUACAAUUAAAAUCUGAAGCACAGAAGUUGGAUGCUUUACGACAAGAGUUAUCUGGAAAGGUUCAAGCUUUGCAACAAGACCUGAAACAUCUGCAGACCGAGAAUCAGCAACUGCCAACUUUACAAAUUGAAAUUGAUGGCCUUCGUCAGGAGUUAAUUAGAGCCAGGACGACAUACGAAUAUGAAACGAAGGCAAAUGCUGAGCAAAUAGAACAGAGACAAGCAAUGGAGAAGAACCUUGUUUCCAUGGCUCGGGAGGUUGAGAAGCUGAGAGCAGAGCUGGAGAAGAGAGCAAGGGGACCUGGCUCUGGUGCUUAUGGUGUGCAUACUGCAAGCUCAGACAUGAGCUACCCAGCACUGUUUCGUGAUGGUUAUGCCAGUGAGAAAGGGUUUUAUGGUACUGGUCCAUGGACAUCGGACGAACCUCAUGGCUUUCCUCGCCAUUAAUGGGUUACAUUUUUCUACCAAGUCACUAAAGAUCUUUCCUCUUAUUUUUUUGGUGCAAUGCUUUGGAAUUAGUCUGGUGCAUGCAUUUACUGUACACUUUAGUUUUAUGCCACUUUUAAACAUCAAUUGUAAGGAUUCUAUUUUGAAUUAUAGAAAACGUUUAUCGUUGCUACUGAA